CCUCACGCUCUAAUCUCACGUUCUGACCUCACGUUCUAACCUGUCAUUCUAACCUCUUGUUCUGACCUCACGUUCUAACCUGUCAUUCUAACCUCUUGUUCUGACCUCACGUUCAAACCUCGCGUUUUUACGACACUCUCUAACCUCACGCUCUAAUCUCACGUUCAAACCUCGCGUUUUUACGACACGUUCUAACCUGUCAUUCUAACCUCACGCUCUGACCUCACGUUCUAACCUGUCAUUCUAACCUCACGCUCUGACCUCACGUUCUAACCUGUCGUUCAAACCUCGCGUUUUUACGACACGUUCUAAUCUCACGUUCAAACCUCGCGUUUUUACGACACGUUCUAACCUGUCAUUCUAACCUCGCGUUCUGACCUCACGUUCUAACCUGUCAUUCUAACCUCACGCUCUAACCUCACGUUCUGACCUCACGUUCAAACCUCGCGUUUUUACGAACCACGUUCUAAUCUCACGUUCAAACCUCGCGUUUUUACGACACGUUCUAACCUGUCAUUCUAACCUCGCGUUCUGACCUCACGUUCUAACCUGUCAUUCUAACCUCACGCUCUAACCUCACGUUCUGACCUCACGUUCAAACCUCGCGUUUUUACGACACUCUCUAACCUCACGCUCUAAUCUCACGUUCAAACCUCGCGUUUUUACGACACGUUCUAACCUGUCAUUCUAACCUCACGUUCUGACCUCACGUUCUAACCUGUCAUUCUAACCUCACGCUCUAACCUCACGCUCUAAUCUCACGUUCAAACCUUGCGUUUUUACGACACGUUCUAACCUGUCAUUCUAACCUCUUGUUCUGACCUCACGUUCUAACCUGUCAUUCUAACCUCACGCUCUAACCUCACGUUCUGACCUCACGUUCAAACCUCGCGUUUUUACGACACUCUCUAACCUCACGCUCUAAUCUCACGUUCAAACCUCGCGUUUUUACGACACGUUCUAACCUGUCAUUCUAACCUCACGUUCUGACCUCUCCUCUCCCCAUGAUGUGUUCUCUCCAGGGCAUGGAGAUAGUCCAGACGAUGAACAGUGAUCCUGGUCUCGCUGUGGGCUACACGGCGUUUAACGGCGUCGACUUCGAGGGAACGUUUCACGUCAACACGGUUACUGACGACGACUACGCCGGCUUCAUCUUCGGGUACCAGGACUCCUCGAGUUUCUACGUGGUGAUGUGGAAACAGACGGAGCAGACGUACUGGCAGUCGCUGCCCUUCAGGGCCAACGCCCAGCCCGCCAUGCAGCUCAAGGCGGUGAAGUCUCGGACCGGACCCGGGGAGUUCCUGAGGAACGCUCUGUGGCACACCGGAGACACAGCUGGGGAGGCGAAGCUGCUCUGGAAGGAUCCACGAAACGUCGGCUGGAAGGACAAAACCUCGUAUCGCUGGCAGCUCAGCCACCGGCCGCAGGUGGGCUACAUCAGGUAAGACCCGAAACCUCAGACCUCACAGCAGUACUGCAGUACACUGUAGUACACUGUAGUACACGCAUGAUGCAAUACUCUGUAGUACAGAUACUAUAGUACCGAUACUGCUGUACUGCAAUAUAUUGCAAUACAGAUACAGUAGUACAGAUUAGAG